AUGGACACGCUCAGUAAGAAGGGCUUCUUUGAUGCCCUUCAAAGACUCGAUGGCUCCGAGGACGAAGAUGAUGAUUCUCUAGGGAAACUUCUCUUCAGUUCACGAUAUAAGCGGACUUCAAGUCCAUCUGUUGCUCCUGUCUCAGCCAGUCAUCGACCCAAGUCUCUUCAACGUUCCAACACUGAACCUCAGGCCUUAUCUGCUGUCGGACAACGGCAAUUUCCUCCCAUCGAUAAUCCUAGAAGGACAUUCAAGAUAACUGAACCGAGAGCGAGAAUUGUCCGACGUGCCCAGACCACCGUAACGAUGCCGUUGGCAAGGACCGAAGCUCGUCCUGCGAAGAAGAGGAAGACCGAUAACCUCAAGCUUCUUCCCGAGAAUCAGCAGAUCUUCAAAGGGCUUUCAUUCUACUUUCUACCGAACGAUGAUAUCGCUCCGUCUCGACGACUGCGCAUCCAACGGGCCCGGGAGCUCACAUUGCCGUUAACAGUCUUGAGCACCCUGCAAGUGCGGUUUCGUGUCAAUGGCAUGCCGGUGGAUUCGGAUAAGCCAGCGCCCAUUGUGGCCGCCGAGCCGGUACCCGCAGACUCCUUGCCACUGAAGCCAUCGAGAAGAGCACAGCAGAAGUCCCCGGAAACAUCCCAGUCAAACAAUGAGACAGCAUCGAUUGAGCCGCUUGCUCUCAAGCCAGCACCCAGCCAGCCGGCACCGGAGACAGUGUAUAACGUAAAUACAUGUGAAAGGGACUCCCUAGAUAAUGUUAUUGAUGAGGCACGAGCAGCCAGUCAUUUGCCCCUCGAUGCACUCGAUUCAGCCGACGAGGAAUCGCCUGCCGAAGAAAUCGACGGUGAUUUCUCGGAGCCGGAGGACGCCCUCGCAAAGAAAACGAGAGAGCCGUUUGGGGAGAACAAGACGGGGCAGUCAUGGAUGCAGGGCUUCGCUUGUAUGCAAAAGUUUGACUCAAACGCACAACGUCAUAAUCCCAACAGCAGAACCAUCGAGAUCCUGCAGCAAAUGUUGGAUUACUAUACCCGCACCGCCGAUCAAUGGCGUACCAUGGCCUAUCGUAGAGUCAUCGCUGCAUUACGCCGACAGCCUCAAAAGGUCACAACACGAGCUCAAGCUCUGGCAAUCCCCGGCAUCGGAGAACGACUGGCAGACAAAAUCGAGGAGAUUGUCCUCACCGACCACCUCCGUCGUCUUGAUCGCACCAACGAGUCUCCCGAGGAUAAAAUCAUCCAGAUCUUUCUUGGUGUGUACGGUGCCGGCAUUAUGCAAGCUUCUAAAUGGGUUGCACAAGGCUAUACAUCUCUUGAUGAUCUCCGGAAUCGAGCACCGCUCUCCAAAAACCAGCGCAUCGGAGUGGAGCGUUACCACGAUUUUGCUCAGCGGGUACCACGCAAGGAGGUCGAAGAACAUGGAGCGAUCGUCCGCCGGGCAGUACAAGCGGUGGACAAGGACAUGCAGGUCAUUAUCACUGGCUCUUACCGCCGCGGGGCACUGGAUUCGGGAGACAUCGAUCUCCUAAUCACGAAGUCGGACGCAUCGCUGGAUGAAAUACAAUCACUGAUUUUGAACAUCGUGGUGCCAAAAUUAUUUGACGAAGGAUUCCUGCGAGUUGAACUUGCUACCUCGCGGCACAGUCACAACGCGUCUAAAUGGCACGGCGCGUCCGCUUUGCCGGGGAAUGUGUGGCGGCGCAUCGAUUUGCUUUUUGUGCCUGGGGCCGAAGUCGGGGCUGCAAUGCUGUACUUCACCGGAAAUGAUAUUUUUAACCGCAGCAUGAGACUACUAGCUCGGAAGAAGGGCAUGGCGUUGAAUCAACGAGGGCUGUACACAGAUGUGCUUCGCAGCGCCGGUGUGAAGAUUAACCCGGGACGACUAUUGGAGGCACGCGAUGAGCGCCGGAUCUUUGCGGCACUGGGAGUGCCCUGGCGACCUCCAGAGCAUCGCACUUGCUAA